AUGGCGCCCUACGACAUGACCGACAUAACCUCUGUUCUACAUGAACGCUCUCUCGAAAAGCGACACUCUACAGAGGACAUGUACAGUAUGGACCCGCUCACCCCCGUCUACAGGGCGGGGCUUAUACCACUCGCUAUAUGCGCCACGAUGAGCUUAAUCUCAGUCACGGCUUUGCUCGGAUUCAUUACACAGCGGAUGAUAUCCUGGCGGAGACAUUACAGGCAAUACGUCGGAUACAACCAAUAUGUCAUUCUCAUUUACAACCUUUUAAUCGCCGACCUACAACAAUCAAUCGCAUUCUCUAUAUCCUUCCACUGGCUCCGAGUCAACAAGAUCGAACCACGCACCGGCGCAUGUUUCCUGCAGGCCUGGUUCUUGCAGAUUGGAGAUGUCGCAAGCGGCUUUUUCGUUCUCGCAAUCGCGAUACACACCUGGCUGGGCGUGGUCAAAGGAUACAAACUGCCAUACAAAUGGUUUGUGCUAUCGAUCCUCUUAAUCUGGCUCUUUGCAUUGAUUCUCACGGUACUUGGGCCAGCCAUCUACCAGGGUCGAUACUUCGCUCGCGCUGCAGGAUGGUGUUGGGUUUCAAGCGACUUCCAAAACGAACGACUCUGGUUGCACUACCUCUGGAUUUUCAUUAUUGAAUUCGGCACCAUCAUCAUCUACGCACAUGUCUUCUUCCAUUUACGCGGUCGCAUACGAAGCAUCAUCGCAAACGACACUAGCAAGCUCACACGUGCCACGAAGUUCAUGGUCAUGUACCCCUUUGUGUACGUCGUGCUCACGUUGCCCAUAGCAGUGGGUCGCAUGGUAGCAAUGACCGGUACGGACCCGCCAGAUCUCUUCUUCAUCAUCGCCGGCUGUCUCCUCACAUCAUGCGGUUGGAUUGAUGCGCUGCUAUAUGCCUUGACAAGACGAAUUUUAGUAUCUGGAGAUCUAAGUACAGGGCAUUACAACAGGACCGUCAGUGCGACACUCACCAACGCAGCACGUCCAGGCGACGACGACCGUUACGGUCUACAGUCCUUGAGUGGCAAAGAAGCCCUCACAUCCACUACUGCGCGUACCGUCACCAUAGUAGGUGGCAGCAACAGGAUGUCGCGAAUAGUCGAUCACCGCCGCGGGCGCAGUCAUGCAUUACGGUCACGGCAUGAAGAUACGCUACACGAGGACGAGAGUCCCACGCGGACAGGAUCAGCAGAUUCGAUCCUCAAAAACACGGUUUCGAGUAACGGCAUCAACAUUGUCACGGAGACAAGUGUGCAGGUGGAGACUGCCGAGGACAAGGACUUUGACGCGGGACUACCACGAUCGAAGGACUGGAGUGACGACUACAACCGGGGGCCACAAUGA